CAUGUGUGAAAAAGAAAGGAGGGUUAGCCUUCAACGAAGUACCGCUGGGUUACAAGGAGGGCACUGGCGCUUCAUUAUUAUUAUUGUCGUCGUCCGUAUACUUUGCCCGUGUCCGCGUUCUUAACCUGGCGAAGGGUUGAACGGUUAAAAUGGAGGCGGACAGAUCCGGCGGAGGACCAAACCCGAACUUCGGAGGCGGCAGCGGCGGAGUGGGGCGCAACCCAAACGGGCCCAAAGCAGCACCGGGCCAGUCAGCACCAGUAGCCGCUACUGGAGCUAUGGCGGCGGCAGCGGUCGGGGCCAUGCCCGGGUCGUCACACCUCCGCGAAUCACAGCAGGACGGCGAUUCGGGAAUGACCCUUCCCGGGAUCCUGCACUUCAUCCAGUACGAGUGGGGACGCUUCCAGGCCGAGAAAUACCGCUGGGAGGCGGAGAGAGACGAACUUCGGGCUCAGGUAGCAUUCCUUCAAGGUGAGCGGAAAGGACAGGAGAAUAUGAAACAGGACCUAGUAAGACGGAUUAAAAUGUUGGAAUACGCCCUCAAACAAGAAAGGGCCAAACACCAGAAGCUGAAGACAGGAAAUGACCUGAGUCCUGGCGACAAGAAACCAGAGAUGGAAGCAGAGCCAAUUUCCAAUGGCCCAGCUGAGUCAGAUUCAGAGCCAGCCAAUCAGAUGUCGUGGAAAGAGGGGCGUCAGCUACUACGCAAGUAUCUUGAGGAAGUCGGCUACUCGGACACCAUACUAGACAUGCGUUCAAAGCGAGUACGCUCCCUGCUCGGACGGACCAGCCCCGAGGCCAACGGGCCUCCGCCGCCCGAAUCCUCCCCACAGCUUGAGGCCCGGGCGGGUGGAGAUUCCUUGUUGGUCAGACAGAUAGAAGAGCAAAUUAAGAGGAAUGCAGGCAAAGAAAGCUCAAAGGAACGUCUCGGCGGCUCGGUGCUCGAUAAGAUUCCCUUCCUGCACGGAUGCGAGGACGAUGAUGAAGACAGCGACGAGGAAGAUGACUUCCAAGGCAUGGCGACAGACUGCAUCGACGGCCCUCGCAAGAGCAAAAAGUCUCGAGUAAAGAUGGGUUCAGAGCCCAUGACUACAGACCUGGACCCGGAAGAUGAGGAGGACGAGGACGACUCGGAAGACGCCCUCAGUGAAUUUGACUUUCUAGGCUCCGGGGAGGAUGGGGAGGGGGCGGGAGAGGCCAGGAUCUCUGGGGACGGACGGGAGUUAGAGAACCGCAGGAACAAGUUACAAGGCAUGAUGUCGGACUUCCCCGCAAAACCUGCUCCGCCCCACUCUGUAUCGGGACAAGCCCGCUCUGGAGAAGGUGGCGUCUUGGGUUUCUCAUCUGAUGUCUUCAUCAUGGAUGCAGUCGGAGGCGGAGACAUGAACUUGGGUGAACUGGCUGAUCUCACUGUCGCCAAUGACAACGACCUCUCCAUGGAUAUGCAGGAUAACAGAGAGGAGUUCAAGAAGACGUGGAACCCCCGUUUCACACUACGCAGCCACUUUGAUGCCAUCCGUGCUUUGACGUUUCACCCCAGCCAAGCAGUGCUGCUCACAGCCUCUGAGGAUGGAACGCUAAAACUAUGGAACCUCAAUAAGGCCAUGCAUUCCAAGAAAAAUGCGGCUUUAGAUGUUGAGCCCAUCUACACGUUUCGAGCGCACAGUGGUGCUGUUUUGUCACUGACUAUGGCAGAAGAUGGCGAAUCCUGCUACAGCGGAGGCCUGGAUGGAAGCGUGCGGUGUUGGAAAAUGCCAGACCUUAAUGUGGAUCCUUAUGACAACUACGAUCCUGGCAUCGAGAGCAGUGUGCUGGCAGGGCAUGAGGACAGCGUGUGGGGUCUCACAUACUCUCUAGUCCACCAUAGGCUGGCCUCGUGCUCAGCGGAUGGCACCGUUCGCAUCUGGGACCCGCGGAACUCUGCCCCCUGCCUGUCUGUCUUCAACAAGAAGAGAGAACAUGGGACUCCCACCUCCGUGGCCUUCGUGGUUUCUGACCCCAACCAGGUGGUGGUGUCAUUUGACGCGGGCGAAACUCUGCUCUAUGACCUUAACAGCGAGCAGAGCAUCACAGCACUAGAGACGCAGACCAAGGAUGGAAGUGAACUAAUUAAUCGUGUGGUCAGUCACCCAUCUGAGCCCCUCUCCAUCACUGCACACGAGAACCGCACCAUCCGCUUCUUGGACAACAAGACCGGUAAAUUGGUCCACUCCAUGGUGGCGCACCUGGAUGCAGUUACAUCGCUCACUACAGAUCCUAAAGGCACUUACCUCAUCUCUGGCAGCCACGACUGCUCAGUGCGCCUGUGGAUGCUUGACAACAGGACGUGCGUGCAGGAGAUCACUGCUCACAGGAAGAAGCACGACGAGGCCAUUCAUGACGUGGCCUUCCACAACUCGCAGCCUUUCAUUGCCAGCGCUGGCGCCGAUGCACUUGCCAAGAUCUUUGUCUGAUAUCACUGCGGACCGAUCUGGUGAGACACCCUCGACUUGGCUGAAAGAGACUACAGUGGACACAGUUUCCCCUUCAUACACACACACACACACACUGUUGUCCUGCACCCCACUGGCUGGGUUUUGUCACAGGACAACACCUCCCCUCACUUCCUCACUCUUUUCUGCCUCAGUGACUCCUUGUUACACGAACAACACUGCUUUGUUUUUUAACUCUAGAAGCUCGUAGCUGCAGCGUCAGAUAAAGACCACGCUUUUUUUCUACACUACAAUACGCUUUUCCGCUUUUGUCUUCUUUUUUAAUUCCGAGUCUACUGAUGGUUGUAUCAAAGCUGCAUGUGCACUUGUGCUCUCUGACUUUACUGCUCGUAUUUUAAGGAGGACCACCAAGUAGACUCGUGCAUGGUGCACAAAUGCAAAGCAUUAAUCUUGUGCGGCUGACGAGGACGUAGGUGUUAUCAUAUCGUGGAAUCAGUGUGUGUCUGUCACAUUCCAAAGACUCAAGGAACAGUGUGUGUUUUAUUUAAAAAAAAAAAUUUUUUUUUUUUUUUUAAAUUCAUGGUCCGAGAAUGUUCAACAUGGCAGUGUUUCAACUUUAAAGCUUUAAUUUCAACUUGGCCAUGACCCACUUUUACUGUACAAAUGUCAUAUAGAAUGUUCAUCCCCAAGAAUUUCUCCACAUUUGAGGCCAAUGAUGCUCUUUUAAAUCAGGUGUGUGAGAAGACAGUUAAAGGUUGAGGGGAGUGCGUUGUGUGGCCAGUCUGCAAGUUCCCAGCAAACUGUGUGGUUUGCUGCUUUUUUACUGUACAGAGAUGUGUGUGUGUGUGUGUGUGCGUGCGCGUGAGUGCGUGCGUGAGCACUAGUGAAAUGGUGCUAUGAAAGCCUGCAUUAGUUCAGGGACAUUUUCUUCCGCUUGAGAGAAACUUUCAGUGUUGACGUUACUUUUGAAUCAUUUCAUUUACUUGUCAUUCAUUUCACGUUGACUUUUCUAAAUUCCUCAUCUGUGGUGUGUGUGAGAGAGCGAGAGAUCCACAGUUUCCUCACAUUGUUCUGUGUUCCUUUCAUUAUUGUCAGUCGUUGUUCUGCAUUCAAACUUAAAAAAAGAGAAGCAGUACAUCGUUCUGGUGGGGUUCUCACUCGUUAUAUGGCGUGCAAAAGUUGGAUAGUAGUAGUACGUUAGCCCCCUGGAUACUUGUGGCGGAGUUAGCAUGUCUCCACAGAGUCUUGCUCAGGAGAAACGGUUCCAAAGGGGGAAUAAGAUGUUUAUUUUCAAUCACAGCCACUUUUUUUUUUACUACGCAUAGGAAGCAUUAUCAUGAGCAGAGAUGCUGUGUAAGAAUGUCAAUGUAGCUUAGGAACAUGCAGUGAGAGCACUAAACUGUCUGGCUGCUCUGUUCUGCUAUUUUGUUAAGGGAACAUGUCACCAGUCAUAGAGGACAGUUUACUAUUGGGAUAUAUUUAUGACUAAAAAAACAGCGUUUAAUAUAUUACCUUGUAGGGAUGGGCAUUUUCACAAUUGGGAAUUUGAAUAAUUAAAAUGUAUAUUUUGAAUGAAAUGGGUGAAUCUGAAUGUUCUGAACUCCCAGUUUGUCUUAUCAAGUUGACUAAUACUGCCUACAGGAGUGGCUAUAUCGUCACUGUAUGGCGAAAACCUCCCAUGUCCAAUUUCUUUCACAAAUCAAUACUAUUAAUCAGUCUCCAUGUGGGUCUGUUAUUUUUUAAAAUUAUUGACCAAUCUAAAGUGUUGUAAAUGGAUUGCUCUCUUAGAUGAUGCAAAGUUAAUGGCUCAACAAACAUGCUGUUUUUUUGUUUUCCCUAACAGUUAUGAUUUUGAAUAUGCGAGGUUGCCACUUGAUGCAAGCAAUAUGGUGUG